GUUGUUUAGAUAUCUAUUUAUCAAAACUUCCCUUCACACUUUCUUUGUACCGACAAACCCGUUAGAUAUAUGAACUAACACUCAAAAUAGAGAAAAUAAAAUUGCACCCAAAAAAAAUCACUCUAGCAUGAAAGAUCAUCCAACCAAAAAGUUGCCCAAAAAGCAACGUCCUACCAUGAAUCUAGCAAAGCAGCCUCAGUUCCAUUUUAACCGUUGAGAGACCAUAAGAAAUCCAGCAAGAUGACCAAGUUCAUUUUCGAAAACCUGGACGACGAGCUGUUCCGGACUUACGCAUUCUGGAGUGCAAUUCUGGUCGUCAAAAUGCUCGCCAUAACGCAGUGGACGUCGGAAAUGCGCGGCAGAAAACAGGCUUUUCACAGCAUUGAAGACACCUCGUACAAGAGUGCCACGUUGCAGCCAAAAUUUGACGAUCCGGAUGUGGAAAGAGUUCGACGCGCCCACCGCAACGACCUGGAAAACAUCCUGCCAUUUUUCCUCGUUGCGUUCCUAUACCUUAUGACCGGUCCCAACCCGACGAUUGCCGCAAACCUGAUCCGGGUGGCGGCCGUCGCCCGGAUCUGCCACAGCGUCGUGUACGCGGUGUACGUGCUGCCCCAGCCGGCCCGCUUUCUGAGCUUUGCCGCGAUGUUACUCGCGAACGGGUACAUGGCUGCUAGUUGUGUUUUGUAUUACUGUUUUUAA